AUGGGCUGCCCAGGAGGGACCGCCCUGUCUUUCCUUCUUGUUUUUGUGCCUGUCUACCUGCAUGGAGCUUGGUCGCAGGAAGCCGGCCCUGCAGGGCAAAGAAAACCGUUUUUCGAGAGGCUCCGCAGGCUGGAGGAACAGUUCCGGAGGUUCCAGGAGGUGACCUUAAUACACCUGCAAGCCGUCGCCAGGAACUACAACCUGUCCUACAGCAUCGAUGCCCGGUUCCAGAGCUUGGCCCAGGAGAGCCAGGCCUUGGCUCUGGCGGUCAACCAGUCGCAGGCCACUGUGCAGGGCGACCUGGGCCACCUCAAAACCUGGAUUCGGAAGACACAACGCAGAAGCCAGAAGGUGGACUCCAGGCUGCUGGCCUUGGGUGCCGCCCUGCGGGAGAGGACCCAGCAGCUCACCCGGGAGAGGAAAGAGCAGGCGGCGCAGAGGGAGGCAUUGUCCAGCCUGGCCCUGGACAUGCGAGCCCUGCAGGACACGCUGGCUCGCCUGACUGGCGUUGUCCAGAGCCAGGGCGUCAGGCUGGAUGCUCUCAAGGAGUGGCGUCCAGUGGCUUGCCCUGGCACCACAGACCCUGCCCGGCCUGGGCUGCCAAGCCAAAGCUCCCUGGAGCUGCAGGGGGACAGGCAGGUGCUCAGAACUUCGCCGGAGCCCCUGGGCCCACCUCGGGAUUUUGCUGGCCGUCUCCAGGGGACACGGGAGCCGCCAGGCCCAGGCAGCCAGCGGGCAUGGCGCCCUGAGAGCCUGGGAGAGAUCUGCAACGUGGGCCCUGCACUCGUCUUCCCAAACACCUCCACGGAGAACGUGGUCUUCCUGAGCCCCGGCUUCCUCUCAGGCCUGCGGGCCCUGUCUGUGUGCAGCUGGGUCCGAACGGCCUCAGGCCGCCUGGGCACCCUCCUCUCCUACGCCACCGCCGAGAACGACAACAAGCUGGUGCUGCACGGCCGGGACUCGCUGGCCCCUGGCUCCAUCCACUUUGUGAUCGGAGACCCGGCCUUCAGGGAGCUGCCUCUGCAGCCGCUGCUGGACGGCCAGUGGCACCACAUGUGUGUCAUCUGGACUUCCCUCCUGGGCAGGUACUGGCUCCACGUGGACCGCAGGCUGGUGGCCACCGGCUCCCGCUUCAGGGAGGGCUAUGAGAUCCCCCCCGGGGGGUCCCUGGUGCUGGGCCAGGAGCAAGACACUGUAGGGGGUGGGUUUGAUAGCUCGGAGGCCUUCGUGGGGAGCGUGGCUGGCCUCGCCAUAUGGGACCGGGCGCUGGUCCCCGGGGAAGUCUCACACCUAGCCACGGGGAAGGAGUUCCCGCCGGGCGCCAUCCUCACACUGGCCAAUGCCGCCUCGAUAGGCGGAUUUGUGCGGAGGGUGAACUGCACCUGCCUGGAGCUCUGCCCAUGA